AUGGCUGCACUCUGGGCAUUGCAGGCUCUCCUGCUUUCAUAUGCCAAAGCCCUUGUCAUCGCUAACGACCGCCUCUAUGCCUCCGUCAACAAAUCCACAGGUAUAAUGGACAUCCUUACUCUCGAUGGCCAAAACCUACUCGGCACGAAAGAGUAUAAUGAAGUCACUCCUGGAGGCAAUGCCGCUGGUCAGAAUGGUAUUGGUCCUUAUCUGGAUUGCUAUUGCGUUCCUGCUGGUGCGUAUACGCCUGGCAAAUAUGCGACGUUCAAGUUAUUUGAGGGCAAUGAUUCGACUGGUGUGCCGUACGGAGGUGUGGUCAUGUCGGAGGUCUAUCCUUUGACUGGACAAGUAUUGGAGCAGUAUUGGUUUCUGAGGGAGACGGAGACGGGGUUACAUACAUUUUCUCGUCUGGCUUAUUAUAACGAGACGAAGCCAUUCUUGAGAAACCUGCAGGAGUUCAGAACGCUGUUCAGACCGACUACGCCUUUGUGGACUCACAUAUCUACCAACGAGAAGAUCAAUGCUCCGCUGCCUUCCUCGGAUACGUUGAAGAACUCGAAGACGGUGCAAGAUGCCACAUGGUACAUCGGCAAUUACACCAGUGCACCGUAUGUCGAGCAAUUCGCCGACUACUUCACCAAGUACACCUUCUCAGAUGAGUGGAGAGGCCACAAAGUCCACGGCAUGUAUGGUGAUGGCUCCAAGAGCAAAGAUGGCUCGACCUUCGGCGCAUGGUUGGUGAUGAACACCGUUGACACCUACUUCGGUGGUCCGACGCACUCUGAUCUGACCGUAGAUGGUAUCGUGUACAACUACAUUUCAUCAAACCAUCACGGAGACAACGUCCCCAACAUUACGACUGGCUUCGACCGCACCUUCGGACCACAAUACUUCCAUUUCAAUAAAGGCUCUAACACGACCACCUUGGGCGAGUUGCGAGCAGAAGCUGAGCAAUUUGCUUCACCAACCUGGAACACCGCCUUCUACGACUCCAUCGCCCAUCUCGUACCGAACUACAUUCCUUCAACGAAGAGAUCAACCUGGAAAGGUCGUAUCGAUCUGCCAAAGGGGGCCAAGCGUCCAAUUGCAGUUCUUGCUCAGAAUGGCGUAGACUUCCAAGAUAACGUUCUGGACACCAAAGCAUACCAGUACUGGGGAGACAUUGACAAAAAGGGCAAUAUCGAGAUCCCAAUGGUUAAGCCUGGUACAUAUCGCCUGACUGUUUACGCAGACGGCAUCUUCGGUCAGUACAUCCAGGACAAUGUCGUGGUUGCUGUUGGCAAAGUCACAACGACCAAAGCGAAGUGGCGCGAGGAGUCUGCUGGAAAAGAGCUCUGGCGUAUCGGCACUCCUGACCGCAGCAGUGGAGAAUAUCGCCAUGGAGACCAACCCGAUCCAAGCAAGCCUCUCCAUCCACCAGAGUACCGCAUUUACUGGGGCAAUUGGGAUUUCCCAACCGACUACCCAGAGGGUGUGACAUUCGAGGUUGGCAAGAGCGACGAGGCGACAGACUUCAAUUACGUGCAUUGGAGUGUUUUCGGCGGUUAUGCGAACUCGGUAAGGCCAGAGCCAUACUAUGAGAAUGUAAACAACUGGACCGUCUUGUUCGAUACGAAGAAGAGUGAGCUCAAAUCGAAGAAAGAUGCCACUUUGACCAUUCAGCUCGCAGGCGCGAAGACAGCUGCCGGCAACACGGACAACUGGAAUGCCACCCAGUUGUGGAAUAAUCUGCCCUUGUCGGUUGUGAUGAACGGACAUGAACUGGAACCUUGGGACAUCCCAUGGAACCAGAGCAGUUCAUGUGCCACUAGAUCUGCAGUUAUCUGCUAUGCUCUGGCGCACAAGUAUGAGUUCGAUGCCAAUCUGUUGAAGGAGGGACAGAACAAGAUGAUCUUGAGUUUGCCGUUCAAUGCGACCGACUACGAGAGUGCAGUGCUGCCUAGAAGUACUUAUGUCCAGUAUGACAGCCUGAGGCUGGAGGUCAAGUAGGCAGACUGAGGCUGUUGUGUGAGGAGGCAAGAGGGACAAGACAUGGGGAUGACCAGCAAAACCAUGUUCGCCAUACCGGCCUCCUAUCCAAAAAUUACUUCCAUAUCGUCCGUCUGCUGUUCAAAGACUUCCUCCGUCAUCAUGCAUGCUGGAUGUGAUUGUGAUCUUCG